AAAAUGCCGGACACCCUGAUAUCGCUGCUUUGUUUGUGAGAAUUUAUUGGCAAAUCAUCUCUCUCGUUUAAUUUAUAGAGUUAUCCUCAAAAAACAUUCACACUAGAUUCAGAACAAUGAAGUCGUGGCAACUGUUUCUUCUAACUCUACUGCUGGUGCUAGCGACGGUGAAGAGCUAUGAAUCAAAUCCAGAGAAAUACUGUGGAAGGAGGUUGGCUCAAGUAAUGGCGGCGGUAUGCGGUGAUUAUGACUCUGAUGUCUUCCUGAACAGCAGGAGGAAGAGAAGCCUGCAUGAAGAGUGCUGCGAAAGAGUGUGCACCCUGGAAGAUAUCCAAACAUAUUGUUAAUUCUCAUAUUGCCAAUAUUGAUACUAAUUAGUAAAAUAAUAAAGUAAAAGUGCAAUCGAACUAUGUAUUUUUAAAACAAGCUAAGUAAAUGGUUUAUAAAUAAAUAGAUAUUUU